CGCCCUCCCUCUCUUUCUCUGCGGAUGUACGGUAGCUGCUGCAGUGAAGCAGAUCAUCCGUCGACACAGUGACAGAGAGACUCAAAGUCAAACCGCACUUGUAACCUACAAGUCAAAUUAGGAGGAUUUUUUUCUUCUCUCCCUCCCCCGCCCCCCCUUCUCCCCCGACAAAACUGAUUGCGUGACUCGGUACAGGCAACUUUUCUUUCCACGUUACACGAAGACCCCCCCUCCCCGGACGACAGCAUGGGAAAUGAAGCCAGUUACCCCUUGGAGAUGUGCUCACACUUUGACGCUGAUGAGAUUAAGAGGCUAGGAAAGAGAUUUAAGAAACUCGACCUUGAUAACUCGGGCUCCCUGAGUGUGGAGGAGUUUAUGUCUUUGCCGGAGCUCCAGCAGAACCCCCUGGUGCAGCGAGUCAUAGACAUAUUUGACACCGAUGGAAACGGGGAGGUCGACUUCAAAGAAUUCAUCGAAGGAGUCUCCCAGUUCAGCGUCAAAGGUGAUAAGGAACAGAAGUUGCGAUUCGCCUUCAGGAUCUAUGACAUGGACAAAGAUGGCUACAUAUCCAACGGCGAGCUCUUUCAGGUCCUCAAAAUGAUGGUGGGCAACAACCUGAAGGACACCCAGCUGCAGCAGAUUGUCGACAAGACCAUUAUCAAUGCGGACAAAGACGGCGAUGGGAGGAUAUCAUUUGAAGAGUUUUGUGCGGUUGUGGGCGGACUUGACAUCCACAAAAAGAUGGUGGUGGACGUGUGAGUGAUGGGCCAACUAGAAGCCACGCCACACCUUCCCGCUCUCUUCUACAGCCACUGAGGAUCCGCUCAAAAUUGUCGUCCGGCAUUAAAAAAAAAAAAAAAAUCGUUAUCAGCUUUUUCUUCUUACUUAAGUAUUUUCUCCGUGGGAGCUGCCAAGCCACCGCCGCCCCACCACCAUCCCCAAAUAACCCCAACAGCCCUUGACCCCCGUCCUGAGGCUCCUGAGGCCAACUUUACUAAGUGUUAUCGAACAGGAACUCUCAAUAAGCCAGUGUAGCACUUUAAAAGCUGGCAGGCAGCUUUUCCGUCAGGAGUGAGCGUUUCCGAUUUCAGCGGAGAAGGGGAGGAAGGGUAGUGGCUGACUGUGUAUGUAAUGUAUGUGGGUUUUGUUUGUGCGAGAGCAGUUUGCAUUUGUGUUUAACCUUUUUUUUUUAUGAAGAUUGGAAUUUUUUUUUUUUAAUAUUUAUUUUUGUCCUGUCUGUUUUUCUGUUUUGUUUUUUAAAGAAAAUAUAUCUUGGAGGUGUGAGUACUGGCAGUGAUGUAA